AUGCCCCCAGGCGAGGGUUUUCCAAGAAACUGGAUCGAAUCAGGAGGCGGUUCGGGGUGGUUCCGGCAAAACCCACCUGAGAUUGUUCGGGUGCCCAACCUCAUCAGAAAAGCGAGGCAUGAUGCGGAAACCGAGCCAGGGGAGGGAAGCGACCCAUUGCGGUCCCGGGCCCCGGAUCCAACGGUAUCCCACCCACCGGAUCCACCUCCCCUGAAAGUCACGCGCACCAGCUGCGAGCAACAGAGGGAGAACCAGAGCAACACGAAACGUGGCAACGUGUGCGAACGCGUUUUUCCGCUGCUGGUCGCCGCAGUGACGCCAACUCAAAAGCUACGGUUCUCGUUGCGGGGCGCCUCGUUCUUCCACCCCGCCCCGUUUCCCUUUGUCUCACACAAGGCGCUUUCUCUCUGGGUCACUGCUCCUCGCCUCUGCUCCCAGGCCCAGACCAGACCCGAUCCCUGGGGCAGAGCACCUAUUUCGGACCGAUCGUGUCGACCGGGUUGCAAUGUGGAGAAUGUUUCCUACGGCAUGACAGUGUGUGCGGAAAGAAACGCCAUUGGCACAGCAAUUUGCAGAGGGUUUCGCAAAUUCCGCGCCAUUGCAGUUUCAGCAGAAUUGCUGGGCCAAUACGUGCCCCCGUGUGGCGCAUGUCGGCAAACAAUUGCUGAAUUUGAUGCAAAAAUGCCCGUGUUUCUGGUUCGCUCUGGUGCCAAGACCAUCAAAAGGGUCACCAUGGAGGAUUUGCUUCCAGGUUCCUUUUCCCCAGCCUGGGUUGACCUGACUGAAGUCACACUACAGGAGAAAGAUUCCAUUGAUGCUGCUGCUGAUUUUGUCAUUGAAAAAUAA